AUGGACUCAGUGGACCAGAAUUCCCCACGAAUGAAUGAAUCACUAUUAGAUGAAUCUGGUGGCGAUGGUGCCGGUCAAACGGCUCUCCCAUUAUCUCGGGUAAAAACAAUCAUUGCUACCGUUCCCGACGCUCUCCCUCCCUCAUCUGAAGCAUUAUUUUGCGUGGCUAAAGGAGCUGAAUUAUUCAUAGAACAUCUAGUCAAGAGUGUCGCUAAGCAAUACGGCGAUAAUGUGGAUUACGAUGAAGUCGCCGAAUAUGUGCUGGAAAACGAUGAACUGGAGUAUUUGCAUGAUUUCUUCCCUAGGAGGUUGACUUAUGAAAUGGCGCUUAACAGAGUGAAAGCUCGGGAGGAGGAAUAG